AUGCCACCUCCACUGGCUUUGGACACAACAGUCUUAGCAGGCUAUCACCCGGGUCUCGUCUUCGACCCGGCAGUUAGGUGCGAGUUGAUCCACGAGGGUGGGGACGGACGGUGCUUGAAGAUCUGCUUCAGCGGCCGCGUCUUCGUGCGCUGUGCAGAGGACCUCUUCACUGAGGCUGGUCCCAGCCGCUACACAGCCUUUCGCUUGUGCACCAGGGCAGUGGAGCUGGAGGACAUCGUGUGUGGCGUGAACUUCAGCUUGCAGCUUCACAGCGCCCCUCCUGGAAUCUUUCUGUGCCCAUGCAUCUCACUACAGUUGUCCACCGGCGAGGAGGUUGGCCUCGUUGGUGACCGCUUUGGUCCAAUUCAACCUCCCCAAGAUUUCCUGUUGGAUUUCUCCGCUCUGGACAUAGGUGGCUCUGACUUGCAGAUG